AUAGGAGGAGGCAGCAGCGCUCACUCAGUCGCAUCACCGAGCUCGAGCUCGCUCUCGCUCUCUCGCCGGCGAUGGACGUGGCGGGGGCGCAGGCGCGCGCGCUGCCGCUCCUCCUCGGCCGCCCGGCCGCCUCACUCCGGUGCUCCGUCUCGUUCUCCUGCGGCGGCGCGCGGCGGAGCUGGGCCGCCACGGCGGAUGGGGAGGACGGCAGCCGCGACUACGAGCGGGUGGCCAUGGACACCUCCGGCGCGUACCGGCUCGUGGACCGGAGCACCGGGAAGAGCGUCAUCGUGUGGGGCGGCGUCGACGACGACGGCGUGCCGUCCCCGGCGGUCCUCUCCAGGGUCACCGCCGACCGCUGCGCCUCCAAAGGUGCAGAAAAUGGGGGGAGUACUGCAGGUGUUGGGAGCUUUGGAAGACUCAAGGCGCAGAAAGUGCAGGCUUUAGCUAGGAGAUCAGCAGCCCAGCUCAAGAGGGAGGGCACUUGUGGCCGCACAAGCAUCGCACGGCCUAGUGAAUCUCCUUAUGCUGAUUCUGAUGAAGAUGGAAGCAAAUCUGGAAGAAGGAAGUCUGUCUCAGACCGCGCAAAACCGAAUGGUGACUCCGGGGAUGAGAGGAGCAGGGCCGUGCGUUCUCUGAAUUCUGUCCUGAGGCAAUACAAAGGCGACGAUGAUUCAGAUUUUUCUGAUGAAGAGCCUGCUUCUGGCCCCAAAGUUUGGGGUAAAGUUGCCGAUGCUACGUCUUAUAGAAGAGAGGAUCGGAAGCAGAAGGCCCCUUUGGACAGUGGGUUUUUCAGCCGCAGAUCUUUUAAGGAGAUUGGCUGCGGCGAUGAGAUUCUAGGUGCAUUGAGAACCUUUGGGUUUCCUCAACCAUCACAUAUUCAGGCUAUGGCAUAUGGUCCUGUCUUGGAGGGGAGGAGUUGCAUUAUUGCUGAUCAGAGUGGGUCUGGCAAGACAUUGGCAUAUCUCUGCCCUAUAGUUCAAAAUUUAAGGAAGGAAGAAGCUAUGGGGAUCCACAAACCAUCGCCCAGGAACCCGCGAGUCAUAAUAUUGACACCUACUGCUGAACUUUCUUCUCAGGUCCUUCAGAAUUGCCGUUCAAUUUCAAAAUCUGGGGUCCCCUUCAGGUCUAUGGUUGCGACCGGUGGAUUUCGACAGAAGACGCAGCUGGAAAGCCUUGAUCAAGAGCUAGAUGUACUUAUAGCAACACCUGGUCGGUUCCUGUAUCUGCUUCAGGAAGGCUUUGUGCAGCUAAAUAACCUCAGAUGUGCCGUGUUCGAUGAAGUGGAUAUUUUAUUUAGUGAAGAAGGCUUUGAACAAGUGCUUCAUCAGUUGAUUACUGUCGCACCAGUGACCACACAAUAUCUUUUUGUCACUGCAACUCUUCCUCUUGAUAUAUAUAACAAGGUUGUUGAAACCUUUCCCGACUGUGAGGUGAUCAUGGGACCUAGUGUCCACCGGACAAGCGCCCGUCUUGAAGAGAUUCUUGUGGACUGCAGUGGAAAUGACAGUGAUGAAAAGAAUCCGGAAACAGCCUUUUCAAACAAGAGAACAGCACUUCUAAAGAUUAUUGAGGAAUCUCCAGUUCGUAAAACAAUCGUUUUCUGCAAUAAGAUUGAGACAUGUAGAAAGGUUGAGAACGUGCUGACACGGCUGGACAGGAAGGCGUCACAGAUCAAGGUUCUACCGUUCCAUGCUGCACUGGACCAGGCGAAACGCAUCGCAAACAUGAAAGAGUUCCUGAAGAAACAGACUAACGACUCAAUGUUCCUCGUGUGCACAGACAGAGCUUCGCGAGGGAUCGACUUCACAAACGUGAACCACGUGGUGCUCUUCGACUACCCCCGCGACCCGAGCGAGUACGUGCGCAGGGUCGGCAGGACGGCCCGUGGCGCGUCGGGCGACGGCAAGGCUUUUGUGUUCGCGGUGGGCAAGCAGGUGUCCCUGGCCAGGAGGGUGAUGGAGAGGAACCUCAAGGGGCACCCGCUGCACGACGUCCCGUGCUUCUAGUUCUAGAAGUGGGGCUGACGACGCUCCUCUGCCCCACACGCAGCUCUAGCUAGUACUCCCUCUGUCCCAAAAUUCUUGUCUUAGAUUUGUCAUACGAAUGUAUCUAACACUAAAAUGUAACUAGAUACAUCCGUAUUUAGACAAAUUUAAGACAAGAAUUUUGGGACGGAGGGAGUAUUAUUUUGUAGUAGUAUAUGAUGAUGUAUACGCACUAGUGGCACGUCUAGGAAGGAUAUGUAUGCUACGUGGUAUUUCUGCUCAUCAUGCCUGUGUGCUGCUGAUCAUACAUUUAUUCAAUUAGUUUAAAAACAUGUGUAGUACAAUGAGAAGGGCGAGGUGUUUAA